GAGAUGGAGAAAAGCGAAGAAGAAGCGGCGAGGAUCAAGGGAUCAUGGAGCCCGGAAGAGGAUGCAGCCUUGACGAGGCUCGUCGAGCGCCAUGGCGCUCGGAACUGGACCACGAUCAGCGCCGGCGUGCCGGGGAGAUCUGGGAAAUCUUGCAGGUUACGGUGGUGUAACCAGCUGAGCCCGUCUGUGCAUCACCGACCUUUACGCCGGCGGAGGAUGCUGCUGAUUCUCGCCGCCCAUGCGAAGCAUGGGAACCGAUGGGCCACCAUCGCACGCCUCCUUCCUGGCCGCACCGACAACGCGAUCAAGAACCAUUGGAACUCCACUCUCCGCCGCCGUGGGCUUUCUCAGUCCCAGAUCGCUCCUUCUACUUCGAAUUCCUCCCUUCGCCUCCGCGCUCUUCGGUGCCGGAGACUCCGGAGAAUUCAGAGUCCGCUUCGAAGAGACAGUGCCGGAGAGAGGAUGAGGUGGAUGAGACUGGGCUUUGUCUUUCGCUGA